AUGCUACUGCGGGGAGCCGUGGUGCUGGCCACUGCAGCGCUGCACGCGCACGCGGUUGCGGCGACAUCCCUGAGGGUCUCUUCGAUCGGUCCGUUCGAUGAGGCUUUCGACGAUUUCUACGUUCCCGAGCCGUACGACUUUUCCAUCUUCGACCCGUCACCAACGUCUCCAGCUAUGGAUCAGAACCACCAGAGAAGAUGGGCACCUGCCCCUCGCGACGACGACUUCCCCUACAGAGGCCCUCAAGGCCCAAAGCGAAAGACGCACUGGGACAACCGAAUGCUGAUCGUGCCCAGCAAGAAGAUGGCCUUCUGCUACAUUGAGAAGAACGCGUGCACGCAGUUCAACAAACUCUAUAACGCCCUAAACGGAUUCGGAUUCGACCCACAUGACGACAACCCCUUUUGGAAAUCAAACUCUGAUUCCAAAGAUAAGCGUAUUAGAAGUUAUUUCGGGGAUAACAUCUCCAAAGCAAACGGCUGGAAGAUGGCAAUAUUCCUGCGCGACCCUGCAGAACGAUUUCUGUCCGCUUGGUUGUCAAAGUGCGACGCUUGGGAGCACGGGGGGAUCGAUUGCUUGGGUCCCCAGGUCACCAACAUGUCGGAAAGCAAGAAGGUGGAAUCGUUUGAGAAGACUGUGAUAGAGCUGCUCCCGAAGUACAUCGGAUUUGUGGACGCAGUCGGAUUUUACAACGCCCAUUACGAUCCACAGCACGUAUUUUGCGAUGGUCGACGUCUAGAAGAGUACGACUUCGUGGGGAAAUUGUCGGGCCCCCCCGCGCACAUCCAAGAGCAGGUGGUAGACAUGCUGAAGCGCGAAGCGGGCAUGGAAGAGUCGGACCCGUUCAUGGAUCUUCCUCGCAAGUUAUUCCCAUCAGAAAGCGCAGCAGGUCAUGGCACCGGCUCCGCAAGCUUGAUGAAGCAGUUUUAUCGGAAUCGCACAAUCUACAACAGAGCGCUCGCCGGGCCGCUGGGCGACGCCGCGGCCGCACGGCCGCCCGGGCUGGCGGUCUGGGACUUCCGGGGCGGGGCCGGGCUCGCGGCGGACGUGGAGGAGGUGAACGACACGGUGAUGGGCGGUGUCUCGCAGAGCCGGGUGUCCCUCGCCGCGGGCAGGGACGCGCUGUUCCAGGGGCGGGUCACCAGGGAGAACAACGGGGGCUUCGUGAGCGUGCGGUUCCGGCCUCGGGACGCUGGCGCCCUCGCCCGCCUCCUCGGGCGGGCCCGGGGCCUGGAGUUCGAGGUCGCCUCGCUCGGCGGGGCGAGGUGCUGGAAGGUGCAGCUGAACGGUGGCGGCUUCGGCGGAAGCAACUACCAGGCCGACUUCGAAGCGCCCUUGGAGGAGGGAGUCGCGCUGAGGGCCCCGUUCGAGCGCUUCCUGCCCACGCGGUUCGGAAAGGUGACUGGCCCAGCGGGGUUUGCCCCAGGGUCCGAGAGCUCCGUGCGCUCCGUCGGCUUCAUGCUGUCCUUCCUCACGGCAGGCGGCCGGGAGAACCCGGCCUUCGAAGCGGGCUCGUUCGCGCUCCUGGUGCGGCGGAUCGGCGUCUACGAGCGCCGCGAGGCCGAGGCCGCGGCCGAGAUCGGGCGGCGCUACGAGGCGCUGGGCAAGCGCUGCCAGGAGCUGGAGGAGUACGACCUUGUCAGCAUGAGUUUCGUGAAGAUAUAUUGCAUGAGUCACGGGAAGCUCCAUUACCAGCCGUCGGCCACAGGUGGUACCAAGCACUACAUCGAGGUAAUCGGACCAGACGUGAGCAAGACCAGCUACGAGUACUACAAGGACAAUGGUGCUCCGACCACUUUCGAUGGGUACGUCGGACAUCGUGACGCGGACUUGCCCCGCGACUGCCACCCGCGCCUGCAGCGGCGCGGACCCGCGCCCUCGCCGCCGAUGCGCCCGCGCGGGCUCGCGCUCCUCGCGGCGGCCGCCGGGUGGGCCGUGCUUGCGGUGAGGCGGCACCUGAGCCCAAUGCGGCGGCUUCCCCCGCCGCGGAGCGCCGCCCACGCGUCGGAGCCUGCGGCGCCUGCCCCAGGCACCGGGGCCGCGCUGGCGCCGCUGGUCCCGCCGCCCGCGGCGCCGCGCGCGCAG